CCACAUAGUUCCAUAUACCAUCAGGCUUAUCAAUCCACAAACAUCCAAGCCGUCACAUCAGACCAUCGUGACCUCUGACUCUUGUCAACUCACUAUGUGCGACUGGGAAGAAUUCAGAUUCGAGUGCAACCACUCGGUUGUCAAACUCAAGUCGUAUUGCCAUUUCGCACGCAACGACCCCAACCACCAAUGCCUCGGCGUCAAGGUCCUCCGAAAGUCCUGGAAGCAGGACUUUCAGCUAUGCGACGACUGCACGGCACAGGGUUAUUACUUCCAGCCCCCGCAAUAUCACAACCAGCAGCGGAUCCGACAUCGCCGUUGACUGACAGCGGCACUUUCAGGGCGAGCGAACUGCCAGGACCAUACACAAGUCGGUAGUUUUAAUUGAUGUUUCGAAUGGGUCAGGGGACGAGGGUUUGUCACGCGGCCGAGCAGUUCCACAACGCUUAGGAUCCGCAUGAAAGCUGCAUC